AACGCCCGCCGCGCGUCACCGUUAGCCCAACUGGGGUGCGUGAACAUGUAGCUGUCGACUGGACGCUCCUUUAGUCGGCCAGAGACAAUAGAAGCGGGAGGAUUACAUAUUUAAAAACGACCAUAAAUCGCCAUAAGCGUGAAGGAUCCUCAAUCUGUGCUACCAUGCUCUUGCGUCUGCGCUAUGGACGACGCCUACAGACCUAUCUGAAGAUUGGCGCCUGCAUACUCGUCGGCCUCUGCUACUUUGCCUUUCUAUUUCGCGAGUCCUUGAACGCCUACGAGCAGAACAAGGAGCGUGUGGCCACCGCUGAGAAUGAGGCUGAGUCGGGCGAGUAUGGAGCACAAUCUAAGCAGCAAUUGAAGCUCAAGCGGCAACAAAUGCAGCGCCAGCGCUUGCUCAAGCAACAACAACAGCAGCAGAGCUCCAAGCUCAAAAAUGUCACCAAUGUCCUGGCAACAAUAGUCGCAACCCCACCCACCACACUUAACCCUGUCUACGAAUACUCGGAGGAGCUGCACACCUGCACGGAGCGCGUAUUGCAGCAACGUCGCGAUCAUCUGGCAGCUGUCUGCGAGCGCUACAAGCUCCAGGAACAAUACCCACCGAACCCAUGGGAGUUCUUCGUAUCGCCCGGCCACAAUCUGGUGUGGUGCAACGUCUUCAAAGCGGCCAGCAGCACCUGGAUGUACUACUUUAACAUACUUGCUGGCUACGAUCUGAAGUAUUUGCAACGCACAGAGACUCAGCCGUUGGAGUUGGCGCGCAAACGCUUUCCCCGCCCGGAGCUCCCCGAGUUGCUGGAAUUGCUGCCAAGUGCUCUAUCCUUCUUCUUUGUGCGCGAUCCCUUCGAGCGCAUCGUGAGCGCCUAUAGGAACAAGCUGGAGGGGAAUCGCAACUCCUUCUACAAGGCAUUGGGCACAAAGAUAGUGCAUAAGUAUCGCCGUCAUAGCCUGGGUGGACCCUGGCCUCGCUGUGGUCCCACCUUUGAAGAGUUUGUGCGCUUCCUCAUAGCCGAGCAUGCGGAGGGAAAGCGCUUUGAUGAGCACUGGGCGCCAGUGUACAGCUUCUGUACUCCCUGCAGCGUCAACUUCAGCAUCAUUGGCAAGGUGGAGACGUUUCAGCGCGACUCGGAGUUCAUUAUACGGCAGGCUGGUCUCGAGUCGCUGCUGCUGGGCAAGUUGCCGCAACGAAAGCUGCGCAAGAUUGGCAAUCAGGCGAGGAGUGGCGUCAAGACGGAGGCGCUCGUGGAGCGCUACUUCUCCGAACUGGAACGCUCAACAUUGGACCAAUUGCUCAAGAUAUAUCGCAUCGACUUCGAGCUGUUCGACUACGACUUCAGCAAGUACUACGACAUGGUGCAUCCAUGGAGCGUAGAUCUAAGUACAGCCCCAGUCCCAGCCACGGUGGCUGUGGCUGGCGUGAUUGCAGCUGCCUUGACGCCGACUGGUGCGGCUUCCAAUGCCAGCCAGGCUACAGUCGCGGCGGCAUAGAUCGAAGGUCGUACAGUUCGGGUAGUUGGUGUAGAAGUCGCUGUCGUCAAACAAUCUUUUCAUGUACCUUUUACGCUAUGGUCAGACAGGCAAACUAUUUGCAAUGAAGUGUGUGCUUCGACACACCCCUAUCUGAGGAAUUUGGGUGCAAAUUAUUUGUCCGUCAGACAGUAGUAUUACACACCCACACACACACACACACUCACACACACACAGAGAGAAACACUCAAAGGAUACCCAACCGAAGUUACCAAAUCUACCAAAGUUUAAGGCCAAAUCAACGUUUUCCAAAAACGCAAAACUCUCGACCUCUCUUAGAUAAUGCCAAAUAAGGAAGCAAAUGUACUCGUAUGUGUAUGUAGUUAGAAAGAUGCAUUUUGAUGGAUUUUUUUCAGCCUAGGAGAUGCCAAAACGGACGAUAUAUAGGCUCAAGGAACAUUUUACAGCAACCCCGCCCCUCGCGCACCCUUUUACGUGUGCCAGGGUGUGGGCGUGGCAUGUCUCGUGUAGUUAGUCUCUAAGUACAAUUUACAGUUACACUCUUAUACCACUCGAUUUACAUACACACGUACGAUAUAUACCCAUACUCAUACCUACUAUAUACAUAUACAUACAUAUAGGAAACGAUGAUAUUUACAGACCUCUAACCAAAUGAUAUUGCAGCUGCAAAGCAUCUUCAAAGCAUCGCUGCAAAAUUGUACAA